CGCAACUAAGUGCUUAUUGCUAGACUACGCGCACGUACGCAAAGCCAAUAUGAAGUUUGGCAAAAUUCUUACUUAUUUAACACUUUUUGUGGUUGCAUGUCUUGCAAAACCAGAUUUGAACUCUCGCGCUGAUGACAAUGGAGUAAUCGCUAUCGCUGGUAGACUUUUCCAGCGAAUUGUCACUGGUAAACAAGAUCACACUACAGUAGCAUUAUUUUCAGUCGAUGCUACGACCAUGAACUGUGAAAUUUGCCGCCUUAUUGAGCCCCAAUUUAAAGCAUUAGCUUACUCUUACAAGCAAAAAUAUGGUCUGGACAGCGGUAUCCGAUUCGUGUAUGCGGACUUUGGUAAAAAUAAGAAUUUGUUUGAACAGUUCGGUAUCGAAACCGUUCCCAACUUCUGGGUAUUUAAGCCCAAGACUGUCGUUCCUAUUGCGGCAGACUUGAGCAAUGGUGUUGAUGCCGACAAAUUGGCUGCCUUGGUUUUGAAAGAAACUGGCAAGGGUGCUCCUAUUGUUUACCGUCAAGAUCCAGCCAAAAAGUAUGCUUCUCUGGUAUCGACCGUCUUAUGCGGUGCCGCUCUUUUCUUUACCAGAAAAAUGCUUUUGAAUGUUUUCACCAGUAGAAAAGUGUGGGCUGCUCUUAGCAUUAUCACUGUCAUUACAUUGAGCAGCGGAUUCAUGUUCACUCGUAUCCGAUUCAGUCCUUAUAGUCAACGAGGCGAACAUGGUGAAAAUCUUUGGUUAGCCGGCUCACAACAAUAUCAAUUUGGUGCAGAAGUGCAGGUUGUUUCGUUAAUCUAUACUGCUUUAACUAUGAGUACAAUCUUCCUUGCUGUAAUUGCUCCAAAAGUUCAGGGUGCUAAACGCCAAACACUUUUUAUCUUUUUCUGGCUUGUCGUACUUUGGCUUGGCUAUAGCUUCCUUGUUGAUGUUUUCCAAAGAAAGAUGCAGAUGUAUCCUUUCAAACUUUUACUCUAGACGCUCAUUGUUGGUUAAAGUAAGGAAGGAGAUGAAAAAGAUUAAUCUCAUGUUUUAUUCUUAACGUACAUUCAUUAAUCAAGACUUAUUCUUAAAAAAAAAUGUUUUACGAUUAUAAUCAUUAAAGCGAAGAGUUGUUGCGUGUAGCAAGAGAAUUAGAUCGUUAAUAGUUACAGCAUAUCUUUUCUUACAGGUUUGAAAAUACC